CUAAACCGACCUCCUCCCGAUUUGCAUUAACGAAGCUUUCACUUCUCUAAAGACCUUAAUGAAUUUCUGCCAUUCCUGACCUCUCCUCAGCUGCCAAAAACACACUUUUUUUUUCCUCUUUCAAAUCUGCAAGAAGCCUUAAAAUAAUAGCAUUACUGUACUUCUCUAAGUCUGGAUUUCUCAAAGCCGCUCGGGGAAACUCCGUCCCCGAGUGCCACGAGCAGCUCCAUGAGGCAGCACCCAAGCUCUGUGUCACAGGCCAGCACGGGGAGAUGCCCCAAAAGAUAAGUGCUGGCCCUGCUUGGAGCCAGGCUGGACACUCGGGGCUCCCAGGAUAAGCCUGGCCCCGCUGAGAGCCGGGCUGGGAGCACACACAGGAACCGGGGCUCGGCCGCAGCUGCAACGUUUCCUGUUUGACACAGAGCAAAGACAGCCAGAGCCAGGAUGAGGUGGUUGGCAUGAAGAGGGCAGCUGGGGCGUGUUCCUGCCCGGUAACACCCGGCUCAGCACGGCACUCGAGGGGCAGGACGGGACCCUGGCACCAGCACCCCAGGAGCUGCCCCAGCUUCCCCCCUGCUCAGUCCCAGCUGAGCCUCAGCAGCCCCUGGGGACGAGGGGACUCUGUCAACACCCAAGGAACCCAGACCCUCCCAAAUCCCAGCUCAGCAGUGAAAGACUCGAGCCAGCAGACAGACUGGGGAAUUGCAGUUUUAAACAAGGAAAUGGUGCAGCUCUCCAACUACCUGAAGGAGGCUCUGCACCGUGAGCUGCUGCUCAAGCAGAAGAUGGUGAUUUUACAGGAGCUUUUGUCCACUCUGCUCCAGGCAUCAGAGAAAUCCUGGCAGGGUCAGCUGAACGAAGACAAACUGAGGUGUAAACUACGGGUGCUGGAAAAUCAGCUGCAGGCCUGCACCCAGAGUUACUCAAAGGAGUGUGUGAAGAAGAUCCUGAUUGAGAUGGAGGACCAGAAGCAGGCCUAUGAGCAGAAGGCAAAAGAGGCUCUGCAGAAGAUGCUGGAGGACAAACUCCAAACAGAGCAGCAGCUGCAAAACUCUCAGAGAAGCCUGGCAGAGACACGAGAGGACCUUGCCUUCUGGAAAGAGCACGACGCCACGCUGAAAGCCGAACUGACCAGGGUGAGCACAGCACACACCGAGCUCAAAAACAGCUUCCAGGCUCUAGAGAGUGAGCUCCAGCGGGCGGACUCGCAGAACGAGCGGCUGAGCCGGGAGCUGCAGGCGCUGCGGGCGGAGCGCACGGAGCUGCUGCACAGAGCCAGCGCCCUGCGCAGCGACAACGACCGCCAGGCCGGCCACAUCCGCCACAUCCAAGACAAACUGCAAAAAGAACAAGAGCAGAAGGUAACACUGGAGGAAACAAUCAGCCAUUUGCAGAACUUGAUCCACAACCAGAACAACCAAAGGAAGAGCCAGGAGGUGACGGUGCAAAGGAAAGACCAGGUUUUCACCACACAGACCCCACCUCUCACUCCUGCCAAGGAGAAACAAAACGCUCUGUUAGAGCACCCCGAGGAGGAGGAGGAGGGAACAGACAGUCUGCAGGAUGAGAUGCAGAGAAGGACAUCCCAGCUCACAGCAAAGGAGAACGAGGUUCACCAGGAUGCUCGGGCAGCAGAGCUGGGCUGUGCCCUGCUGCGGGCGCAGCGCUGCAGCCGCUGCAGCAGCCCGGCCGCCCGGGGUGGGUGCAGCCCCCAGGGGACCCCUCGUGCCCAGGACCCCCCCUCGCUGUGCUGGCAGUGCUCGGAGCUGCGCUCGGAGCUGGAGGCGCUCAGCGAGGAGUACCAGUCCUGCCUGAGCCGGCUGCGCCAGUGCCGCGCCGAGCUCAGCCGCCCCCAGGGCAGCCAGGCACAGAGGCAGCGCGGCCCCUGGAUCCCUCUCCUGCUGGCAGUGGCCGCAGUGGCCAUCGCCACCUUCCUGGCGAGUUACAGGCUGUGAAGGAGCUCCCUGAUGACUGACUUCACUGCGGGAACUGACCUCUGCUUCACCAAAACCCCACCCCACCUUCUGCUGCUGUGUGUGUGCACAUUGGGUUGGAUCCUGAGCUGGCCUCACUCCAGACAGGUCUCAGUGACCACGGGGACAUCACUCCUGCACUCAGCUGCUGUGGUUCCUCUGUUCCUGCUGGAGGCUGCACUGCCCAGUCCCUGAGGCACAGGGGGACAAAGCCCCUCUGGCUGCUGCUGCUGUGGCUGCACAGGUUGAGAGGGACAGGGCACUCUGUGCCCUUGGCAUCCAGCCUGCCUGGGUUCCAUGCCCCCCAAGUAUCCCUCCUGUAUUUAUUGCCUUCCUAAAUGGGAGGUACUCGUCCUGAGCCAUCCCAACUCUUACCUGACAAAGAAACCCAGCUCAGGAGGGUCCUCAGCACAGUCUCCUGUGUCCUGAGCAAUCCUACCCCACACCCACCAGGCCCUGUUCUUGUGGCCUCCAGCCUCUCUUGGGGCCGAGCAUCUCCCCAGCCGCACCUGCUUCCCUUUCACUGCCAGCCCCACAUGAAUUAAUCAGAGACAGGGGUUUAAAGUCCCUUUUGCAGCUGUGCCAUGCAGGUUUUACAGCAGCACUUGCCUUUCACUCAUGUGCAGGCUCAGACACAACACAGGCCAUGACACCAACACAUGGGAAAUAAAUAGAACUGAAAUAUACACGUAACAUACACGUAGUAAAUACCCACGGAGCCUACAAUAAACUUCACAAAUUCAAA